AUGAAACUAUUUCAACUCGAGGUCGAGUCGUAUGAGGCUCUUGGCCCUGGGGCUUUGAUGAAACCAGAGGAAGAACAGAGGGUCGACCUCGACGUGAAACCGUUCAGCUCAAGGUCCCCUGUCCUUGUGGAUGGAUAUGGAACGAUUGACCUCAAGCUGAAUCGUUUUCAGCUCGAGGUCUGUGAGAACUUCCUUCCAAUAGAUAACGACCUCGAGCUGAAAACGAUUCAGCUCGAGGUCCUUCACAAUUCUGGAUG